AUGGCUCGGGGUUCGCGCAGGGGCCAGUCAUCGGCAGCAAAGGACAGCGACUCACUCAAAGAAAACUCAGCACCACCCUUGACGCAGGUCAAGGCGGAGAAGGUCAAGUCCGAGAAGAAGACCGCCCAGCCGAGUAGACGCGAUCUUGACGAGCAGGAUAGCAAUGGGGACCCGGCAGAUGACGGCAGUCUGACACAGCGCACUGAAGACUACGUAGGUGACAUUCCGGAAGAUGAAGAUGAGGACGAGUCUCCACGGAGCCGCAAACGCGCGCGCGUAAGCGAGGAGGGCGACGCGUCCGAGACGAAACUCGAGAAAGUGGAGGUCAAACCGCGUCGCGUCACGCUCCCUCGACGCGAGGACGGGUACAUCCCGGGCUCGAUCGUACGCGUUAAACUCCACAAUUUUGUGACAUACGACUUCGUGGAGUUCCACCCUGGACCAUAUCUGAACAUGAUUUUUGGGCCCAAUGGCACCGGCAAGAGUAGCAUAGCCUGCGCCCUUUGCCUCGGCUUGAAUUUCCCCCCGAGUAACGGCCAUACAGAGGGCUAUAUCGAGAUUGAACUCCGAGCCCCGCCUGGCGAAGACAACAUCGUCAUUCGCAGAAAUCUUAAAGCGAAAUCCAAGAGUAGUAGCUUCACACUCAACGGUGUAAGCGCCACCGGAAAGGAAGUGAGCGAACGUAUAGCGGAGCUGAACAUUCAAGUUGGCAACCUCUGUUCUUUCUUACCGCAAGACCGAGUGUCCGAGUUCGCCCGUAUGUCGCCUCAGCAGCUGCUGCGCGAGACGGAACGUUGUGCCGGCGACGAGAGACUCACGGCGUGGCACGACACUCUCAUACAAGCCGGGAAGGAUCUUUCUCUACUUCAGGAGGAUCUGAAAGCGGACAAGGAGCAUCUUAAGACGAUGGAGGAGCGCAAUCUCGCCCUCGAAUCGCAAGUAGAAAGAUAUCACCAGCGCAAGGAGAUCGAAAAAAACAUCAGAUUGCUCGAGCUUUUGCUGCCAUUCGUCCAGUACAUUGAGGCGAAGGAGGCAUACUUGGCAGCGAAAGAUGUUCAACGGGCACUCCACAACAAGUUGAAGACUCUUUCAGAUAAGCAUAAGCCUGCAAACGCAUUCAAGGCGGAACUGACGAAGCAGUACAACCAGUAUGGCAAGGAACGAGAUGAGCAGAAGAAGAAGGUUCAAAAGCAGUUCAAAGAGAUGGGCAAGAAGUGGGACGAAAAUGAGAAGCUUGGUGAAGAGGCGGAAAACAUCCAACAAGAACUCUCCUCCUUGAAAAGAGAGGAGAAGGCUCGCGUAAAGAAAAUACAGGAUUUGGAAAAGCAAAUCCGCCACCUUCAGCAGUCCAUCGAUAAUCCUCCAGAGGUCGAGGAUAUGGACGCAAUCCAAGAACAGAUAGUGCGCAUGAUCGAUCUCAGCAGACGUCAACUCUCUGACUGGAUGCGCAGCGGGCUGUCACCCAAGAUACUACUGCGCCCAUCCUUUAGUCUACAAGAGCUGGAUAAUCAAGCUCAUGUCAAGUUGAAAACCCUCGAAAAGUGGAACAGAGAUUGUGCAGAUGCUGUAAGAUGGUUGAGAAACAACCAGGACAAGUUCAAGUUGGAGGUGUUGGAGCCGGCAUAUAUGAACGUCACUGUUCCCGACACGCGAUUUGUACAUGCCAUCGAGGCGAACUUCUCAAACAUGCAGCUGCAGACAUUCGUGUGCCAAUGCGAAGAGGAUAUGCGGACUCUUAACCAUUUCAUCAACGAUACGACCGAGGCACUCGGCCGCCGGGCACGCAUUAGUGUUUGGUUCCGACCAAAGGAUGAGGGUACACUGGCGCCCCCUCCGAUGAGCCCCGAAGAGCUUUCGCAGUUGAACUUCGACUGCUAUGCAUUGGACAAGAUACAAUGCCCAGACGGAAUGCUGUGGUAUCUCAAGAAGGAACUCAACCUUCAUCGCAUGGCCAUCGCGCUCGAUCCUAGCAAAGUCGACUCUAAAGCGGCCAUGGAAGCGGCUGCGAGGAUUCUUCCUGGUGGCGGCAGCGGCGGAGCAAACUAUGUCAUCGGCAGGACCAUGAAUCAGGUUUCGCGAUCUCGUUACGGUAAACGUGCAGCGCAAAACAUGACCCGUGAGGUCAGGGAUGCUCGAAAUCUGGUGAUUGCUGCGGUUGACCCGGCGAUUAAACGUGGUCUUGAGGAGCGAAUCCAGAUGGCACAGGAGGCUUUGAAAGAGGUCGAGAAGAAAACAGCUAAGCUUACAGAAGAGGAACGAGAGAUCCGCAUGCAGAUGGCGGCUUUGCAAAAGAAGCUCGACGACCUCACCAAGCGCAAGAGGGCCAUUCUCGAAGCUCAAAGUCGUCUGGAGAGGAACAAGAAAAUGAAAGCCAUCCAGGAAGGCAGGCUUGCAGAGCUGCUCGAGCAACCCAGCAUGGACGAUAAGCGCGCCGAUCUGAGGAAAAGGCUCAUGCGGGUUACCAAGAAUCGGGUCCGACUGGUCAAGGAGUACAUCAAAUAUGUGCGCGCGGCGAAUCAGGAGCAAACCGAAGCCACGCGCCUUGGGCUGGAAUAUAUACAAAUUGGUGCAAACCUUGCCGCGCUGUCCGAGAUGAUCAGCGAGAAGGACCAGGAGCUGAAACAUACCCAAAAUGCGUACAACGAAGCCAAUAUGGCAUACGAGGCCGCUAAACGGGUGUCCAAGGAGAGGCUGGACUUCAGUCGUCGAAAGCUCGACGAAGCCGAUGACGAACUACGAGGGCAAUUUGCCGUCUACGAGAAUGUCAAACAGGCUGCCCAACGAAAGACGUGCGAGGAAGUUCUCCAGGAACUGGACACGCAAAAUGCUCAGCUGGAGCUCUACGUCACCACCAACCCCGGUAUCGUUGAUCAAUACGAGAGACGCAAGAAAGAGAUCGAGAGCCUCUCGAAAAUCAUCGAGCAGAAAGAGAAGCAGGCAACGAAGCUCGAGCGAGACAUCAAGCACGCCCGUGAAAGCUGGGAACCUGCACUACAGCGGCUCGUGGCCAGCAUUGGCAAGAAAUUCUCGGCUGCCUUCGAUCGUACGUACAUUGCAAUUUCUCAUCCCUCACACGGAUACCUAUAUCACGGCAUCGGUUGCGCUGGCGAAGUGAAGGUCACGCCGGACGAUGACUACUCCAAGUGGGCUAUUGACAUCCUGGUCAAGUUCCGUGACAAUGAGAAGUUACAACUGCUCACUGCACAGCGGCAAUCUGGUGGUGAACGCUCCCUGACGACUAUUCUUUACCUCCUUUCCCUGACCGAGGAAGCUCGCGCGCCCUUCUCCCUCGUUGACGAGAUAAACCAAGGCAUGGACGCACGGAACGAGAAGAUGGUCCACAAUCAGAUGGUGGAGACCACCUGCCGCCCAGACGCCGCGCAGUACUUCUUGAUCACACCGAAGCUGCUUGCAGGGCUUCGCUACCACAAAUUGAUGAAGGUUCUUUGCGUUAACAACGGGGAGUGGUUACCGGAAACGCAAGGUCUGGGCAAUAUGAUGAACAUGAUUGAGGGGUUCGUGUCGAAGAGGGGCCAGCAGGGGAGGAGCGCCGUCUAG